UAUUUCGGAUACCAACGGUCAUCCGAGUUGGUAACGCCCAUAGGCUAACAUCAUGGCUUGUUCGGCUGCUACAUAGAAGGAUACACGCCUACCGCUGCCAGCGCCGGGGACCGAACCCGGCGCUGCCAACUCAGCGUCCUCGCCUCGUUCGCAACCAACUGAGCCACUGAGCCCGACGCAGGGGCGAGUUCGGACGACGAAACACAUUCCAGCCUUUGUCUCGCCGGCCCGACGACAUCGCCGGGCACGCCGCUUGCCCUCCCCCUCCUCUUCCUCCGUCCCUCUCCCUCCGGGGAGGUCGGGUGCGGGAGAGGGGGAAGAGGUUUCUAACGUGUUUCCAAAAACAGCGCAUAAAGAGCAGUUUUGGCUCGCAGAGGCGGCGAUUAGAAGUAGCCGCCUUACGGCAACUAACAUUUCCCAACCGACGGCCGCAAGAGUCACCACCACAGAGGAAAGAUUUUUCACGCCCGUGCGGGGUGAAGCGCAUUGGGAAGUUUUGUCACGCCGAGGCGGCGAAUAGCGGUUGCCGCCAGCGCGGCGAGAGAAGUAACCUCUGAGCGAGGGUAAGAAUUCUUACCCUCAACACGGGAGACGCGACGGCACAUUACCCCGGGCAGGGCGACAAAUCGUUUCUUGCCGCGCGUGAGGUGAUUGUCGAAAAUUGUCACCCUCGGCAGGGUAAUAUCUGCGCAAAAGUUACCUUUCGGCUUUACAGUGUGCUCUACCCACUGAGCCAUAGGGGCUGGGAGUUGACUGCCGCACCAGGGAACCUUGGAUUCUACGCAGUCGCUGACGGCUAAAAAACCUCGAGGUGUGAAGGAAAUUUUUUUGUUGACACAACAUGUACUAAUUUGUGCGUUUUCAAGUGCUUGGGACAACAUAUCAAAAAAGAUGGCGAUAACUUUUGGGGGGUGCUCGCGGUUCCACGGGGGAUGCGCGUUCCUGACAGCGCCAGUGAGCCGGUGCUUAUGCAACCCACCAUACUGGCAUGUAAGAGUCGGGACACCCGGUAUUUUGAAUAUCGAAUUUCCUAUCUCUCAGGUUCAGCUGGCUCACUAGCUCACUAAAGACGACUUGGGGGGGGGGGUACCCAUCACAAAUGAACUUGUCGGCUGGUGUAGAACCGUGUAGAACUUGGGUGACAUAGGAGAUGGUUUCGCACCCAGGAGGUAGGCAAUCCAAUAGGCAUUAGCAGCGCCUCCAAGCGGCGGCCGUCGCAAGCAGGCACACAACAUGCCACUUUAGCAGACGCAAACUAAACGCUUGGGCUAGCGGGCGGACUUGACGAGCAAACGCUGAAAACGCCUUCAUUCUCAUUCUCACUUUCUAAACAUAACUCUAUAAGUGUAUAAUAUAGAAUACAUCAUCUACCCUGGUACGUAUUUACAGCUUUGUGAAAAACAUAACUCAUUGUGGUAAAUGUAUAACUAACUGGUUCUCAGUCACGGUCGCGAAAGUGUUGCUCUGUGUGUGUUGAUAGGUUAGAAACGCUACGGCCGGCUCCUGUUGUUUUUAGUCCAACCCAAAAUCUAAAGAGCACGAUCAAGCUGCAGAAAUGUUGCCUCGGCAGGAACGGGCCUGUACGAACGACAACGACUCUACAACAUUGGAGAGUGGAGCGGCUCAAGAGGAGCAGCUGGAUGAAGUGACGCUGACGUCGCUGCCGGACCUGCCACUGCUGAAGGUAUUGUCCUAUGUCCCUGUCGAGGACCUGGGCGCCGUCGGGCGGGUCUGCACCCGGCUGUGCGCGCUCACGCGGGGGCAUUGGCCGCUGUGGUGGGACAAGUGCGUGCUCUUCGAAGACCCCGACAGACUGCUAGACCUGCUCGCGGGCCUCCUACUGGUCACCCCACGAUACGACGUCGUCUUGGAACUUGCUGCCUUUCCCCGCUCAACGGAUGAGGAAGGCCAGGACAGACUAGCUGUUUCCAUUUCCAAGCCUAUGUCCCUCGACGCGGCAACAGGGGCAGCAGUCAUGUUGGGUUUCUGGUUGGUGGUCUGCGAGGACUUGGCUGAGGACGACACGCUCGCAACGGUGCUCCGUGAACUAGGCCCGCGUACGAAGCACGUGCGUUUUAAUUGCAAAACUCCCGAUAUCGAAGUGAUCUGUGAGAACUUGCAGAAUGCCACCUCUCUGGAAACUUUGAGCGUGUUCUGGAUGUGGCCCAGACAUUUUGCAGCACCGUUCACAGGAUUUAGCCGCUGCAAAAACUGGCCGCAGGCGCUGCCUGCUGGACUGCACACCAUUGAGGUCAAGCUCUGGGACCAUGAGUAUGCGGAGAUACCCGUCGCAGCGUAUGACGACUCCCUGGUUGGCCAGGAGCCCUCUUGCUUGCAGGCACUGCUCUUGGGAGCUCACAGUGAGCUGCGCUGCGUACAGCUGCUCUCGCCGGCUGUGAUGCCGCUGCUGGACUCCUGCCCCGCGGGCCUCCAGCGGCUCACCGUCUCCGCUGCGCCAGGGAUGGCCGCGAAGCUACGAGGGCUGCGCGAGCUGCAGGAGCUAAAGUUCGUCCGCAUACACUGCUCUGCCAACAUCGCCGAGAUAGCGGACGCGUUGAGGACCUGGUGCGGGCCGCUGCUCAAGCUGACGAUACCGUCGUGCCGGGCCUGCCCCGAGGAGGAGGUGACGCUGAUGCGUGCCUUGGGCGCGGGCGCCCUGGCCAGCCUGACGCACCUCAACCUGGUCGUCCUAGAGGAGACUGGCCUGCGCGCCCUGGCCGCGGCGCUGCCCGCCCUGCCCAGCCUGACCUCGCUGACCCUGGGGCUUGCGCCGCCGCGCGAGCCCGAUGUGCUACGCGACUUGUUCUCCGGCGCCAGCCCCACCCUCUGUGAGACCCUGCUCCUUUUCCACUCCGGCGGCCCCGGGUUCGGGUUUACGACAUCCGAGCUCCACUCGGAUCUCCCGAACCUGGUGCGCCGCGCCCCGAUGUCGGUGUCGCUGCACGCGAGAGCAGAGGCGCGGCCUUACAAGCAGCCCAAGCAGCCUCUUCAGUUCUGCAGUAUCUGCAACGUCGAGACCCGACCCUCGCACCUCGUCGUAUUCGGCAGGCACGCCGCCGCCGAGGAAGAGUCCUGCUCGGUGUGCGCUGCUGUGCGCGUGCGCGGCUCCUCCCGCUCCUCUCCCUUCUACUGCCACUGGCGGUCCCCUGCAACAGUGCACUACGUGUGCGUGGGGCAGACUUAGGCCAACUAAUCGACCUCAUUGCAUGAGACUGUGGUAUGGGUGUCGAAACCAUUGACAUUUUCGCAGUCCAUUAUCCAUCACUCGUUUCUCGUUUUGUAUACUGAUGUUUACCAUAUGUUUCUCCCUUAUGAAAUGUGUGUCUUUAGCAUUGCAUUUUGAUGAGAUUUAACAAUUUUAUAAAAAUAAAAUAUGCAACUUCAAGAGUA